AUGGCGCAAACCAGAGGGGCCAAGACUUCCUCUCCUUCAAGCCGCAAGAAAGUCCCGCGAGAGGAGCCCAUUCCAGAUCCCAUUUCUAAGCCUCCGCGGCCAAAAGCAAUUUCUCCUCCGGUGAAGCCCGCGCCUCCAAAGCCUCCGGCGAGGUGUUAUCUUACCAGGUCAGGGGGUCGGCCACUGCAAAAGAGAGCAAGGGUUGAAAACUCAGAGCCCAUUGAUUUAACGGAGCAGUCCCCAGAACCCUCGCUGGUUCCAUCUCCAGUUCCAUCUCCGGUGCCAUCUCCGGCGCCGCCAACAGAGCCUAAAGAGCCUCAGCCACCACUUCCCGAGCCUCAAAUUCCAUCUGAAAUAGCUCCGGAAGAAAUAAUCAGGCGGCCGAUGCUGACUCAGCCUCCAAUUGAGGGAAAUUUGGACUGUAGAGCUCGACCAUUCCACUCCGAGCUAUGCUUUGACAUAGCCACAUUCAAAUUACGGUCGGAGCUUGCAUAG